AUGUCGCACAAGGGAAAGAACAGCGCGAGCUCGUCCAAGGCCAAAAAGCCCGCCAAGUCGGGCGCCGAGAGCAAAACCGAAGAUGUCCUCCAGGCUGUUGUCCUCGCCGACUCGUUUCAAGACAGAUUCAAGCCGUUCACGGUCGAGAAGCCACGAUGUCUCCUCCCCCUCGCCAAUACGCCUCUCAUCGAGUACACGCUCGAAUUUCUCGCCAUGAAUGGCGUCAACGAGGUCUACAUCUACUGCGGCGCACACACGGACCAGGUUGAGGACUACAUCAGCCACUCCCGGUGGUCGACGUCGUCACGCUCCUGUCCCUUUUCCGUCCUGCAGUUCGUCCGGGUAUCCGAUGCGCGGUCGAUGGGCGAUGUGCUUCGCGACAUGGACAAACGAUCUCUCGUCGACGGCGACUUUCUCCUGGUACAUGGGGAUCUCGUCUCCAACAUGAUGCUCGGCGGAGCCCUGGCGGCGCAUCGCAAGCGAAGAGAGGAGAAUGCCGCCAACAUCAUGACCAUGGUCCUGCGGAGUGGCGGUCCGCAUCAACAUCGCACAAAGACCAAUGGCAUCACCCCCGUCUUCGUCGUCGACGCUCGCACCCAACGGGUCCUUCACUAUGACGAGAUGAGCCCCCUGCAGAGCAACCGCCGCGUCGCCCUGGAUCCCGCCAUCGCGGACGAGCUCUCGACCGAGUUCGAGGUGCGGUCCGACCUCAUCGAUGCCCAGGUGGACAUUUGCACGCCCGAGGUCCUGGCCCUCUGGUCAGAAAGCUUCGACUACGAGCUCCCGCGGCGAAACUUUCUGCACGGCGUGCUUAAGGACUGGGAACUCAACGGAAAGAUGAUUUACGCCGAUAUUGUCGACGGCGGAUAUGCCGCCCGGGCCAGCAAUCUCCAAAUGUACGACGCCAUCAGCCGCGACGUCCUCGAUCGGUGGACGUUCCCCUUCAUCCCCGAGAACAACGUCGUGCCCGAUCAGUCCUACCACCGACACGCCAACGGCCUGGUCAUGGAGACCAGUGCCGGCCACGCGCCCGAUGCCCGGUUGACAAACUCGGUCAUUGGAAGAGAUACCACGGUGGGCGCGGCGUCCAGCAUCUCCAACAGCGUGAUUGGCAGGGGCUGCAGGGUCGGCACCAAUGUAGUUGUAGAGCGUUCCUACAUCUGGGACAACACCACGAUCGAGGACGGAACCAGGAUAUCGCACUCUAUCCUGGCCGACUCGGUGACGGUCGGGGCCCGCUGCUUGUUGCCGGCGGGGACGCUUGUCUCGACCCGGGUUCGAAUCGGCGAGGGCGUCGCCCUGGACAAGAGCGUCGUGCUGUCGACGGUGUCCCCCACGAACGAGUCCAUCUCCAAGGACACGAGUCUCCUGGGCCCCGACACCAACGCCGCCGCCUUCACCGACCCCGAAGACGACGACCUGGACGAGCACGACCCGGCGCGCCUCCAGAAAUCUCUCCUCUACUCCCUUGCCGACCUCAAUCUCUCGACGUCGUCCAUUUCCACGCUGGCGUCGGCCGGGCUGACCACCGACGACGACGGCGACGACGCAGCCUCCCUCUCCGCCGACGCCGGCGUGUCGUCGCGCUCGCGCCUCUCGUCGUUUGCCUCGGACGACUCGGCAGGCAAGCAGUCGUUCCACCAGGACGCCGUCCACGGGCUCAUCGACGCCCUGCGCGCCGACUCGGGCGACUUUGACUCAGCCAAGCUCGAGUUCAUGGGCCUGCGCCUCGCCAACGACGCGUCCGACUCGAUGAUGCGCCGCGCCGUCGCCACGGCCUUUGCCCGCCGCGCCGCCGAGCUCCUCACCCCCGAGCACGGCGGGCCCCUCGAGCCCGCAAAGGCCGCCGAGCGCGCGCUCACGGCCCGCCCCGGCGCCGCCAAGUUCGUCGACGAGCGCGCCCUGAUGCACCAACACCCCGCCAGGGGCGUCGAGCCCGCCCGCGCGGGGACUCUGCUCGCGGCUCUGUUGCAGCAGCUCUACGCGCUCGACAUCCUCGAGGAGGACGGCAUUCUCGGCUGGUGGGAUGAUGCGAGGGCCGUCGAGGGCGAGGGCAUGGCUGCACUGAGGGAUAAAUGUAGGGUGUUGGUGGAGUGGUUGGAGAAUGCCGAGGAGGAGGAGGAAGACGACAAUGAUGACGACGAUUGA